AUUAUCAGUUUUAAGCUCGGGAUGGCUUCUUUCUGGACAGAGUGCUUACUUCGGAAAAAAACUCAUUUAAUUUAUUGCUUGAAUACAGCUCACCUGUAACUGCAGUGCAAGCCUGAAUUCCUGCGGAACAACAGUGCAAUCCCCACACAGGACAACCAUGAGUCUGAGGAGCAAGAAUAGCAGCCGCCCAGGGACGCGCAUGUCCGCUGGGGGCUUCAGCAGCAUGUCCAUGGGAGCCUACUCCAUCCCCAAGAUCAGCACCGGGACUAUCCAGACGGCCCCGAUUACAGCCGUGACCGUCAACAGGAGCCUGCUGACGCCACUGAACCUUGACAUCGACCCCACUGUCCACGCUGUUCGCACCAAGGAGAAGGAGCAGAUCAAGAGUCUCAACAACCGUUUUGUCUCAUUCAUUGAUAAGGUGAGGCACCUGGAACAGCAGAACAAAAUGCUGGAGACCAAGUGGAACCUGCUGCAGGGGCAGACCGCCGCCUCCUCUAACGUCGAGCCCAUGCUGAAGACUUACAUCAGCAACCUGCAGAGACAGCUGGAGUGCCUCAACAAUGACAAGCGCAAACUCGACAUGGAGAACGAUGUCAUGCACAAACAUGUGGAGGACUACAAGACAAAAUACGAGGGUGAGAUCAACAAGAGGAAUGAUGCAGAGAAUGAGUUUGUUUUGCUUAAGAAGGAUGUGGACGCAGGCUAUCUGUCCAAGGUGGAUCUCGACGACAGGGUGUUUGCUGUCAAUGAGGAAUUAAAUUUCCUCAAGGCUCUGUAUGAUACGGAGCUGCGCGAGCUGCAGGAGAGCCUGAAGGGGACCUCUGUGGUGGUCCAGAUGGACAACUCCCGUGCCCUGAACAUGGAUCAGAUCGUGUCUGAGGUUAAGGCUCAGUACGAGGACAUCGCAGCCCGCAGCCGCGAAGAAGCUGAAGUCUGGCACAAGACCAAGUUUGACCAGAUGACUGCUCAGGCGGACCAGUAUGGAAAUGAGCUGCGCAGCACCAAGGGGGAAAUAUCUGAGCUCACACGAAUGAUGGCCCGCCUGGAAAAUGAGAUCAUGUCUGCAAAGGCUCAGCGUGUCAGCCUAGAGGACCAAAUAAACGAAGCAGAGGUGCGAGGGGAGGGGGCUGUGAAGGAUGCCAGGGCUCGCAUCAGGGACCUGGAGCUGGCGCUGCAGAGGGCCAAGCAGGACAUGGCUCGCCAGCUCAGAGAGUACCAGGAGCUCAUGAACGUCAAGCUGGCUUUGGACAUCGAGAUCUCCACCUACAAGAAACUGCUGGAAGGAGAGGAAGAAAGACUUGGUCAGGACUCUAUUGUCAGCAUCCAAAAAGCGCCUACCAAAGCAGUCGCGGUUAACUCCGAGAAGAGGCGGAAGUCGGGUCCUCUUUACAUUAAGACAGUGGAGACCAAGGACAUAGUAUACAGCUAAAUCAGAAAAAGAAGAAGAAGAAUUCUUACCAACUUGAUCACUAUUUAUCUCUCACCUUUAUGUGAAUCUACAAUAAGCCAAGUGCACCAAUGAGCCAAAUCUGUGUAUUGUUUGUUUAUUUCUCUUUAGGUGUUUGAUGUAACAUUAACUGCCACAUGCCAUGUUUAAAAUAAAGAUGUACUCAGCAGCA